AUGCCUAAAGGGUCUUCUAUCCUCACGCCGUUCCUCGGCGCCCUUCAAGCAUGUGUCUCGGUGCUACUGACUAUGAGCUAUGGAGCCAUCGCAGAGCAGUUAAAUCUGGUGAAGGAGAGUUCGGUCAGCGACAUGGCAGGCCUGAGCGUGAAGCUGUUUCUACCGGCUCUGAUCAUCGUACAUCUGGGCGAACAAUUACAUUUGGGCAUUGUCAUGAACUAUGUUCCCGUUCUAGUAUGGGCGGUCGUCUACACCACUGCAUCCAUCGGACUCGCGCACUGCGUCUCACGACUCCUGAAACUCCCAUCCUGGGUAACACCGGCAUGUGCCUUCAACAACACUACCUCGCUACCGCUCCUCCUCAUCCAAUCACUCGAGAGCGUAGGGAGCCUGAAGCUAAUCAUCCGCGACGGCGACUCGAUGGCCAACGCCAUCGCGCGCGCCCAGAGCUACUUCCUGGUCUGCGCCGUGGUGAGCAAAACGAUCGGCUACGCCGUCGGGCCCCGGAUGCUCGAGAACGGGAACCACGAGGGAGCAGAAGUCGAUGAAGACGGAGACGAAAAUCCAGAAACGGACGCUGAAGCAGGGCUGGCAGAUAGCCAGGAGGAAGCCAAUGAGGAAACCUCGCUUCUCCCCGGGCGCGCGCAGAAAGCCCGCCGCAAGGUCGUCGGGAAGGUCAAGUGGGCAGCACGAUACGUGUCUUCGUUCCUGCCGAAGCGCGUCAGAGAGGAGCUGCUGGUGCCGUUUGAGUCUCCGUUCGCGGAUGUGGCGAUUAUAUGCACCAUCGUCGGCGCCACGCUGGGCCUCGUGCCGCCGCUUCACAGGGCGUUUUUCAGCCCGUACGAUGAGGGCGGGAUUUUCAACGCCUGGCUUACGUCGAGUAUCAGGAACAUCGGGAAGUUGUUCACGACGCUGCAGAUCUUCGUGGUCGGCGGGAAGCUGGGGGCGAGCUUUCAGCGGAUGAAAGCCAGCGGCAAUUCAGGGAAUAUCCCGAAGAAGGCGAUUCUGACGAUUUUCCUGGUUCGUCUGGUUAUCUGGCCUGCAAUCAGCAUCUCGCUCAUCUACGGUUUGGCUAAGCAUACCGGCCUUGUGCGCGACGACCCGGUUUUAUGGUUCAGCCUGAUGUUGAUGCCAGCUGGGCCUCCGGCACUGGUGAUAUCAGGGUUUGCAGAGCUCGCAAAGGUUUCUGAGGCAGAUAAGAUGGCUGUGGCCAAGACGCUGGCUGUGAUGUAUAUUCUCUCGCCGUUUGUUUGUUUCACCAUCACGGGCGCUUUGAAGGCGUCUCAGGCCGCUUUGGAUGAGAGGAACUCGUAG